AUGGCGCUGUUCCCUCAGGAUAAGGCUUUGGCUUCACUCAAAGGCUUCCUCCAGUCUGGCGCAUACUCAGAUCUCAACAUCACCUGCGGCAGCAACACGUACAAGGUCCACAAGAUCGUCGUCUGCGAGCGCGUUAGCUUCUUUGCUCGCGCACUCGAGUUUGGCGGACAGGAAACCCAGGAUAAUGUUAUCAAACUUGCCGACGAUGAGCCUGAAAUCAUCAAGCUCUUGAUCCAGUAUAUCUACGAAAGCGAGUAUGAGCCACAGUUACCAGAACACGACACCUCGAUAGAAAAGCCGCCGAACGUCCCGACACGUCCUCGCCUAACAAGGAACGCGCAGGGGGUCUGCUACACUUACGAACUCCCCCAUACGUGCUGGCUGUUGAACGGUUACUGCCUUAAGCCCACCAUCUGUCCCCACCAUACAUGCGCAGCCAGUCUUUUCACGAACACGGGAGCUUGCAACUUCAAAUGUUCCGGGUUCCAGUGCAGAGAAUGUAAACCAUUCCCUCCUACAUUAUCCCAGCUACCUACCAUCACCGGCACGUCCGAUCAGCUUCUCGUCCAUGCUAAGAUGUACGAGAUCGCCGACAAAUACGAUGUGCCAGGACUAAAAGAUUUGGUUAUCGAGAAAUUCCGCAGGGCGUGCAGGCAGGGCUGGGACUGCGCGAAGUUUCCCAUCGCCGCCCACUAUGUCUUCUCGACUACGCCCGAUGAAGACAAAGGCCUGCGCAACGUAGUCGCUAGUACGAUCGCGAGUCACAUGAAGGAAUUAGUGAAGAAACCAGAGAUUGAAUCUCUGUUGAAAGAGUUCAGCAGUCUGUCCUAUGGGCUGCUCAAGGCCAAGAUAGAAUCUGGGUGGCAGUGA